GAAGUGUCUGUCGCUGCUCGUUUUUUCAUGUUGCGCUGUUGGAUGUUUUAUUUGAGCAGCUGCCUUUCCUCUUUUAAACAUAUUUUAGUGGGAUCAAAACUGUAACUGUAACAUCCCAGGGUUUCUUAAUUAUUUGUCUUAUGCAUACAGCUUGAUUUAAGUGGUGAGUUUUUAAAGUUUUUAAAGAUUUAAGCUACUUGUUGAAAGGAAAUUUAAAUAUUCAGAGCUGGAGAUGACUUCUGGAGGUUUGGGCCUCACCGAAGGUCUGGGUGAAGACAUAAGUCAGGAGGAGUUGGACUUUUCUGACCUGUUCCUGUAUAAUUCACCUGGAGAAGAUUUCCCUGUCGGCUGUGAUAAAGAUGACUCCGGUGCUCUCCUCCAGAACGACAAUCAGCCUCUUCUGCUGGUGGUUGACCAUCACACUGCGUACAUCUCCAACUCCAAUCAACCAGUCUCCACUCAGGACCUCUCCUCUCACAGCACCACCACAGAACCCUUGUCAGGGGCAGUGUUUGACUCCUUGGGGCUGGCAUCAAGACCAGGGACCAUCCCUGCUCCCAGCCCCAGGAUUGAGAUCACUCCAUCGGGAGACUCUCUCAGCUCUCAGACCCUGCAGCCGAGCCCUGGUACCAAAGCUCUAGGGGCCUACAGGGAGUGUGUGAGCCCUGCCAGCAGUAACUCCUCCACUGGCUGGCCUGCAGAUGCAUAUUCUCCUGUAGCUUCACCAUGUGUCUCCCCUUCUAUGGGAGGCUGUGGCAUGGGGCUAUCUGGCUUAGACCUCUGCCCAAGCCUCCAGGGCAUCCAUACUUCUUCUACCCACUCCUCUCCGGGAGCCUCACCUCGCAACAGCAUCACGGAUGAGACCUAUCUCCAGCCCCAGCAUCAACACAUCACCUCAUCGAUUCCCCACCAGCGCUCCCGCUCUGCCUCACCACACGGAAAGCGCUCCUAUGGCCAGGCAGAUUCCUGCCAAGGGGGCACGCCUGUGAAGCAGCGCUCCCGGAGCCCCAGCCCCAUCCCUUCGCCCCAUGAGCAGCAGGGGUCCUACUACCUCCACCAAAACCAGGUUCACACUGAGUUCCAGCCUCAAGCUCAGACCUCCACCCCAGGCGUGGAGGAGAUCCUAAGCAGCCUCAGCUCCAGUCUGCCUAGAGUGAUGCCUUCUGCAGUGGCGAGAGAUGCACAUGGCCAGGUUCAAAGACAGGACUGUGUGUAUGGAGAGGGGUAUGACUGGGCCAUUAAGCAAGACAGGAUGGGCAGGGCAGGGCCCGAAGUCAAGUCUGAAACCAUUUAUGUGCUCCCAGCUGUGUGGCCUUCUCCUCAUCCAGUCCACCAUGGUGCAUUCGGUGGUCUUCCAGCUCCACUUCCAUCUUUGGAGUGGCCGUUGCCCAGUCAGUCCGGUCAGUACGAGCUUCAAAUCCAGCAGCAGCCCAAAUCUCACCACAGAGCUCACUAUGAGACCGAGGGCAGCCGAGGAGCUGUAAAGACAUCGAACGGAGGGCAUCCGGAAAUUCAGCUCCGUGGGUACCAAGGCACAGCUCCACUGGGGCUGCAAGUCUUUAUAGGAACAGCUGACGAGAGGCUCCUGAAACCGCACGCUUUCUACCAAGUCCACCGAAUCACAGGGAAGACUGUCACCACACGCAGCAUGGAGAGGGUGAUGAACGGGACCAAAGUGUUGGAGAUUCCACUGGAGCCAAAGAACCACAUGCGAGUGGUGAUUGACUGUGUGGGAAUCCUGAAGUUGAGAAAUGCCGACAUUGAACUGAGGAAUGGCGAGACGGACAUUGGACGAAAAAACACACGUGUGCGUUUGGUGUUUCGUGUCCACAUUCCUCAACCUGGAGGCCAGUUCCUGUCCCUUCAAGUUUCCUCUGAUCCUAUUGAAUGCUCCCAGCGUUCAGCUCAGGAGUUUCCUGCAGUUGAGAGGCAGGACCUGGAUCGAUGCUCGGUGCUUGGUGGUCAACAAAUGGUUCUUACUGGACAGAACUUCACAUCCGACUCCAAAGUGAUAUUCUUAGAGAAGGCACAAAAUGGGGAGCAAAUCUGGGAGGUAGAGGCCACUGUGGACAGAGACAAAACACAAACUAACAUGCUAUUUGUUGAGGUUCCUUCAUAUCGAGACCGGACCAUUUCACACCCAGCCAAAGUCAACUUCUACGUCAUCAAUGGAAAGAAGAAACGCAGUCAGCCUCAGCACUUCAUCUACACUCCUUUGACAGCUAUUAAAGCAGAACCACUGGAUGACUACCAUUUGAAUUCAUAUGGCUACUCAGACAAUCAGUCUCUGACUGGUCUGUCAAUGAAGUCACUCUAUCAUCACCUGGAUCAGGACAGCAGCCUUCAAGCCUUGAAUAUUUCUCCAACACUGUACCAUCUAACCACUGUAGACCCCAGAGCUCACAUGUUAAACCCUGAUCCUUUGGAUGACCAAGCAGUCUAUUAUCAGCCCAGGGUCAACACUCUGAUCAACAACCCCAUGCUGUACCACACUGCAAACCAACAUUACAGCAACUGCAGUACCGCUCUCCUUGGUGGAUCCCAAAUGGCUUCCCACUCUGCCUCCACUCCCAGCCAUUGUGUCGGUCCCAGAGCCCCUAUGGCCAAACUGGGCGAAGGUCCUCAGGUUGCUGAUUCAUUUGAGGCCUGUUUGAUGUCAAGGCAUGAGAGUUUUGUGCAGGCAGGACUGCCACUGGGAAAGUCACCACCAUCAAGAUACAUCCAUGCUCAAGCUCAAGGGAAAGUUGGAAGCCGAGUGGAGCCAGGCGACCAGCAUCUGACCCACAUCAGCUCUGGCAGAGGAAAUCAUGAGGAACGGGCUCCAGAGAAAGUCACAAUCAAACAAGAGAACCUCCGCUGUGCUUACCUGGAGGAUGUGAACGACAUCAUAAGAAGAGACCUGAAAGGCCACAAUGGAGAAUGAUACCAGAACAGCAGCUCUGAGGCCCAUCAGAUGUGAAGUCUCAGGAACAAUAAAUAUAAAAUCUUGAUCGUUCCAGAGAAGGCUUGUACUUGUAAUUGCUAUCUGUAAUUAAACUUAGUCACAAACAUUUAAGGCAAACAAUAGAAAUUCAUCCACUAUAGGUUUAUGUUGACCUAAUUUAAAGAUUACAUCUUGUUUCUGUUAAGCUAGGAAGUAUGUUGGUCCACUCGCUGUUUGUUAACCUUUAAAGUCGCCAUGCAUUUUACCCUUAGAAAAGAUAGAAGAGCUUGUGUCAUAUCUUAUACUGUGUAUCUAUUGUCUUUAUUUUAACCAGUUUGACUUCCCAUCUGUUCAUAUAUUUGUACAACUGCUCUUUGUAAGCAUGUAUAAAAUAUUUUAUAUUGAAUAAAUUCUGUUUAUACGAA